AAAUCAGGAUUGGCGGGUGAUCAUUGCUUCUGUCAUGCAAGUAUAUAUAUCCUGCAAGGAAAGCGGACGCUCGCCUUAUCGGUGGUUGUUGCAUGUGGGUGGGUAGACGACUAAAAACCGGCUUCAAAUCUUAUGUAAACAUAUAAACGUGUGGUGUGUUAUAGAUUUGGCGAAAAAGGGAGAAAUUGACAUAAUUUAUCAUAGAGCGACCACACCUCUACCGCCGGAGGUCAGAAAACGCUUCAACGCUCUAGUCUAACGGUCCGGACGGACGGAGAAACUGAAGAGGGGAGAAUGGGGGACUCUGAUGAGGUUGUGAUGAUGGCAGCGAAGCGUGACGGACGGUCCGUUAUGAGACUGGAGAGGAUGUUUCGUAGUGAAAUUGACGAGAAACUUGUGCACCAUGUGGCAGGCGGGCCUCACAAAGGAAUACUGAUAGCCAAGGCAGUAGAUAAUCUUAAAGACGUCGAACCACCGGAGGGACGACUCGAAUUUCUCGCUUACCUUGUCAACGAAGAACAACAAAAUCAAUCUGUACAGGACUACUGGACGUUGAGGUUUUGGUUCCGGGGACAGGCGGAGGGAGUAGUGAAAAAGAAGACGUUCACGGACUACUUCCAGGAACUUAUGAACCCGUCUAACUUCCCUAAGAACUAUAUUGGAUUUAUAAAAAAGGCACUAGUACUUCUGAAGAUCUACCCGGUCAUUAAGAGAGUGGAGCUAGAGGUACAGGAAACCGAGGACCCGUCCCCGGAGGACUCCAUUCCUCCCAUCAAGAGUUUUACAUCGGUUUUUACCCCAGCAUCCUACACAUAUCAACUUGUGCCAGAAGUACAAAUUAACAACAAAACCUUCAUUACAUUUAUGGUCAAGGCAGCAGCAGACGCUCACAUCGCACUAAGUGCAGUUUAUGGUGACGUCGACCGCAAAACGUUUGAAAUCGUUAUUGGAGCUGAUGGAAAUACAAAAUCAGUUAUCCGCUACGGCGCUGGAGGACCAGAUAUGACUGAAUCAAUGACGAUGAACAUUCUCUCUGAAAACGAAUUUCGGUACUUUUGGGUCAAUUGGGCAAACAAUAAAAUUGAAGUUGGACGUGGUGCUAAUUAUGGACUUGGUGCUUUCUUGCAAUUGACAGUUCCCCCCAGCAAGCAGUUUAACAUCAAUUGUUUGGCGGUUUCCACUGGGACACCAUCCCGGGGACAAUGGGAGUUUGCAGAACUUUUGGACGCUGAAAAGGACUUCGGAAAAGAGGCAAAGAAAAAAAGGAUCAAACACUCUUUGCUAUGGAUUGCAAAGAAACAGAAAAUGUUGCAAUGUCUAGAAGAUGCAUACCCUAAUAUGGUGAAGACCGCUGAUUUAUUCAAAUAUUGUAAAAUCAAGCAGUCCGACACAAUGGCAGCCCUGGUUUUCCUAUCAGACAUGCAGAAGAAGAACCUAAUCAAGGAAGUAGAGGGCGGCUUCUGGAUGCGACUUCAGAGCAGUCAGGAAUCGGACAUCGUCAAACACGAUGUGAAAAUUGUCAAGUACCUACCGGAUCUCAAAGGACUGGAUCAGCCAACCAUAGCCAUUGUGACGUCACUCUUCUGCGAGAAAAUCGCAGUAGACGCAAUGAUUGAAGAGAAGAUUACUUACGUCAAAUAUAAAACUGAAGGUGAAUCACAAGUGUACACAAUCGGAAGAAUUGGCAGAUUUAAAGUUGUUUCUACUAAACUAUCACGCAAAGCCGAUUCUGAACAAGAGGCAAGAAUAUCAACAGAAAACACAAUUACCAGACUUUUAGGAACCUUUAGUAAAGUCCAUCAUGUCAUUAUUGUGGGCGUUGGGAGUGGGGUGCCACAUUUCUAUAAAGGCGACAAACACAUACGUCUUGGCGAUGUGGUGGUAUCCGUGCCUUCUAGAAAAAACGGUCCAAUAUACAUGCACUGUGACAAGAUAGAGAAGAUGGGUGGAGCAGACGGGUACAAUUAUUCUACGCGUGAAUGGGACUGUAGCGACAACUCUUUACAAGAUGUCGCCGUCAGUCUGAAACAAAUCAUAGAACGAGACACCAGCCCUCAACGACCGUGGGACCGGUAUAUUAAUGAUGCCAAAGAUGCACUUCAGACAGAGGAAUCCAACUUUCAUCGACCACCGAUGAAGACGGACAGAUUGUUUUAUACAGAUGACGAUGGAACGGAAAUAGAACUGGAACAUCCUGUCCCUGGGAAAGGCUACCGUGUGGGCCAGAGCAACUGUCGCCUAGGGGUGGUAGCCAGUGGCAAAUUGGUCUCCAGAAAUCCACGUCUCCGACAGUCGUUUGCAGAAUUAAAUGGAAUAUAUGCAUAUGACAGUGAUAUGAGUGUAGUUUUAGAAUCACUGGAUGGUAACCGGAAUAAUAGCUUUAUCAUAAUCCGUGGGAUCUCAGAUUAUUCUGGCGGAUCCAGAAAGGAGUGGCAGCCUUAUGCCUCUCUUGCAGCAGCUGCUUACAUGAAAUCACUGAUAUACGCUUUGAAAUGAACUUGCUAACAGUCUUUUGUGUAUCAAUUAUUUGCUAUUUCACGACUACUAUUUUGCGGUUUUGCUUCCAUAUAUACUGAUAAUGCAUAAUAAGAUAAUGCAAUAAAAUUAUGUUUGCGGAAA